GCUCGGGCACAGCAAGCCCAAGUUGCUCUCCGCACAACUCGGCGGGCUGCGCGGGGCCGGCGGCCGCGGGGCCGUCUCGCGCCGGGGUCGCACGCGGGGACCCGCGCGCCCGGGGACGGAGGACGGUGCCUGCCGCCCACGAGGGGACCCCACUCCCGCCGGAGGCCGGGCCGAAGCGGCGGAUCGCGGCACCCGGGAGCCGGCGUGAGCGCUCGGGGCGAGGCCGGUGGCCGCGAGAGCCCCCCGCCGGCGCGCCCCGGCGCCCGGAUGCCCGCCCGGAGCCCCGCCGCCAGGCGCCUGCCUCCCCCGCGGCGCGCCCCGGCCCGCCGCCGCCCGCUGUGACCGCGCCUGCAGGCAGGCGGGCGCCGGCCGGGCUUCCCCGAGGGCCGCGCAGCGGCGGCACCCGCCGGACCCCCCGGCGGCGGCGGCGGCGCGCGGAGCCGAGGCCGCGCGGGCACUCGCCGGGAGGAUGGACGGGGCCGGGGAGCGCAGCCUCCCGGAGCCGGGCAGCCGGGGCUCCCGGGCGGGAGACGACAUGGAGAUCGUCGUCAACGUGGGAGGCGUGCGGCGGGUGCUGUACGGAGACCUCCUCAGCCGGUACCCCGAGACCCGGCUGGCGGAGCUCAUCGACUGCUUGGCCGGGGGCUACGACACCAUCUUCUCCCUGUGCGACGACUACGACCCCGGGAAGCGCGAGUUCUACUUCGACAGGGACCCGGACGCGUUCAAGUGUGUCAUCGAGGUGUACUAUUUCGGGGAGGUCCACAUGAAGAAGGGCAUCUGCCCCAUCUGCUUCAAGAACGAGAUGGACUUCUGGAAGGUGGACCUCAAGUUCCUGGACGACUGCUGCAAGAGCCACCUGAGCGAGAAGCGCGAGGAGCUGGAGGAGAUCGCGCGCCGCGUGCAGCUCAUUCUGGACGACCUGGGCGUGGACACGGCCGAGGGCCGCUGGCAGCGCUGCCAGAAGUGCGUCUGGAAGUUCCUGGAGAAGCCCGAGUCUUCGUGUCCGGCGCGGGUGGUGGCCGUGCUGUCCUUCCUGCUCAUCCUCGUCUCGUCGGUGGUCAUGUGCAUGGGUACCAUCCCCGAGCUGCAGGUGCUGGACGCCGAGGGCAACCGCGUGGAGCAUCCGGCGCUGGAGAGCGUGGAGACGGCGUGCAUCGGCUGGUUCACGCUGGAGUACCUGCUGCGCCUCUUCUCCUCGCCCAACAAGCUGCACUUCGCGCUGUCCUUCAUGAACAUCGUGGACGUGCUGGCCAUCCUCCCCUUCUACGUGGGCCUCACGCUCACGCACCUGGGCGCCCGCAUGAUGGAGCUGACCAACGUGCAGCAGGCCGUGCAGGCCCUGCGGAUCAUGCGUAUCGCCCGCAUCUUCAAGCUGGCGCGCCACUCCUCGGGGCUGCAGACCCUCACCUACGCCCUCAAGCGCAGCUUCAAGGAACUGGGGCUGCUGCUCAUGUACCUGGCCGUGGGCAUCUUCGUCUUCUCGGCCCUGGGCUACACCAUGGAGCAGAGCCACCCGGAGACCUUGUUUAAGAGCAUCCCGCAGUCCUUCUGGUGGGCCAUCAUCACGAUGACCACGGUUGGCUACGGGGACAUCUACCCCAAGACCGCCCUGGGCAAGCUCAACGCAGCCAUCAGCUUCCUGUGUGGGGUCAUUGCCAUUGCCCUGCCCAUCCACCCCAUCAUCAACAACUUUGUCAGAUACUACAACAAGCAGCGGGUCCUGGAAACGGCAGCCAAGCACGAGCUGGAGUUGAUGGAGCUCAACUCCAGCAGUGUGGGCGAGGGCAAGACCGGGGGCUCCCGCGGCGACCUGGACAUCCUCCCGCCAGAGCCCGCCGGGAAGGAGGGGCCGAGCUGGAGCAGCCAGCUGAAGACCUCCCGCAGCGACACCUUCAUCCCCCUGCUGACCGAGGAGAAGCACCACAGGACCCGGCUCCAGAGCUGCAAGUGACGGAGGGACUGGGCUGGUGGAUAGAGGGAUGGACGGGGGUGGCAGGCCUGCCAGUGACUGCCCGGGAGGGGCUGUCCUUUGUCCCCCAACCCUCUCCUGAACAGAACUCUGAAGGCCCCCUUGGGCACCUCUGAUGAGGCCGGGUAAGAUCCCUUCGUGUUUCCGGCUGUCCAGGGGCCGGGGGCGGGGAGGGGAGUCCCGGGAUCACUGACGGUGUGGGGUGGCGAGGGCUGUGGUCUGGCUGCCGGCAGGAGCCCUCGCCCGGUUCUGUAUCUCCUUCAAUAAAGCCUCCUGCUCUCUGC